ACUCGUCUUUAAUUAGUCUUUAACGAGUCAUUAACUCGUGACUAAACCUGGGAACGGGUCAGACUCACAUGUUCUCUUGUGAGUGAGAACUUCAGGCUGCUCUUCUUUAAGCUUCCUGAAUGUAGAACCAUCAACAGAAGCAGCUGAUGUUCAGCGUGAACACGGCGUCACAUCAGAUGUUCUACAGCAACGAUUCACACAAACGUUCAGGAGAUGAUUUAGCUUCCAUCAGCCAGUGUGGGCAUCUUGUGUCUGUGCAGGAUCUUCACUCCUCUGUUCAUUUGUGCAGAUUUACAUCUUCUGAACCGUGUUUUCAGGACUUUAACGCGGUUGGUUUGUUCUCUGUGUUCUUGUGAUCAGAGACCUGCAGGAUGAUUUACAGACGUUACACCAGAUUCCCUCAGACACUGUCUUCACAUCCUGCUUCUGUUCAUCUCUGUGUGUGUUUUUAGGUGUUUUUCAGGAUAAAUAUCAGAUUUCACGGCUUCAGUUUCGGGUCAGACUGAAGCUGCAGACUUCUGGAAAACUUCCGCAUUCUCUGGAUAACAAUUGAAGACUCCGUCAGGAUGAUCCAGCUGCAGCUUCAGUCGUCGCUUCGCUGAAACCGACCCAUCGAGACUCGUCCUGAAUCAACUGGAUCAAUCUGAACUCAUCGAUCACUGUGUUGUGUCAGGAUCAUGGCUGCGUUCGGAGCAGAGGUCAGCGGGUCGUGGUUCCUGUCUCCUGGACUCGUCGGCGUCUUCGUCCUCCUCGUCCUCCUCUCUGUCUUCCUCACGUCUCUGUGCAGCGACUGCAACAGACGUUCGUUCGAGCUUCGAGAUCCGAAGGUGGACAGAAACCCGUCGGCUCUCAUCAGAGUGGUGAAGCUGGAAGACGCCCGAGAGAACCCGAUGAUCGACCAGAUCCAGAACGACGAGAAGGAGUUUCGUCCUGAAGGUGUCACCUCCUGGAAGAGCCACCAGGGGGCGCCGGGGAGCCAGCCAGAGUCACGUCCUGAGGAGGAACCUGAGGUGACGUUCACUCCCUGGAGGAGCCACCUGGGGGCGCCACAGAGCCAAGACUCCGCCCACAUCUAUGACACCACCGACUGGAGGCGGAGCAGCAGCGACGACGCACCAUCGCCGGCAGCCAAUCACAGCGAAGAGCCCGACGCUGCAGCCGACCUGAACGAACGCGACAACAACUCCGUCUACGCCCGAGUCAGCAAGAAGCUGAACGUCAGCGUCUCACCUGUUCGCUCACCUGAGGAGGCGAAGGAGGAAGAGGAGGAGCCUUCACCUCCGCUGCCCGACAGACGGACGGAGACGGAUGGACAGCGAGACAUGGAGGACGAAUGACAGAAGACGAAGAUGGCUAGAAGACAACGGGUGGACGAAACAAAGGAGGACAGUGGAUGAAAUGAUGGAGGAAGACGGAAAGCAGGACGGCGGGAGGAAGAAAGACUGAAGGACGAGACAUGAACAAAGGACGAAGAACAAAAUGAGAGAUGAAAGAACAGAAGAUAAAGACCGACAACAAAACAGAACAUUUCAGACGAAGGAGAGAAGACGGAGGAUGUGACAGGAAGACUUUUAUUCUAUAACACUCACUUGUUGUACUCUGUUCUACAGUGAAUGGGGUUUCCACUGGGUUCUGCUUCUGAUUUCACUUUGCUUCUAUCUCACACAUCUCAUCACUGCAGCGAUUCUUGUAUUUCACAGAUCUGAGCUCUGACAAACCAAACUGUUGGAUCUGCUGUUUGCUUCACUCAGGUCGGUUCUGGAUGUGGUGGAAGUUUCUGGUUCUGUCUAAGCUCUGGUUAAAGGUUUCUGCAUUAAAACACAAACAUGAAAGCAGA